GUUCGCGCUUCCAGGUUACAUCACGAAGAUCUUCUCUCGUCAGUCAGAGCCCCAGCCCUUAUCUAUCCCAACGGUACAGUAGAAGCAAGUCAUCCGGCUGUCUACACAGUCACUUGCGAAAUCAAUAUCAAGCGAUUCCCGUUGGACGAUCAGCGAUGCGCUCUAGAGAUCGCCAGCUGGACGUACGGUAAGGACAAAAUCCGUCUACGUGCCCACACUGAGCACUCGCUCCAACAUUACACGGAUAAUGAGGAAUGGCGUUUGCUGAAGGUGACGGUAGUAGAAGACGAGUACGAGCACGAAGGCAUCAAUGUAUCGGAGCUGCGCUAUGAUGUGUCGGUGAAGCGUCGGCCGCUAUUCUACAUGGUCACGCUGACAUUCCCCAGUUAUAUAAUGUGCGCAAUUUCAGUCGUCGGCCUGUUCGCCCGAUUCUCGACCACCGGAGAGCGAGAGGAAAGGUUCACCCUCGGUGUGACUGCCAUACUCACAAUGGCCGUCCUCUCACUGGUCGUCAGCGAGAAAGUCCCGCAUUCAUCAACUCACGUACCUCUGCUCGUUGCAUAUUUCCUCUUCAAUAUGGUUAUGGUCUCCUUGGCCGCAAUGACGACAGGAUUGGUAAUGCGAGUUCACCGCAUGGGUCGUUAUGGAAAAGAACCAAAAGAGUGGUUACUGCGAUUGUUCUGCCUUCGACCUUUGAAAACGAAGCAGGGUAUCUACACUGUAUGCUCUGAUUCGCCAUUGCAUUCGUCAUCGUGCCUCAAGGGAUUGAAUGGUGAAUUACGUGACACACAAGCAAUUGCCGAAAGAAUACCAGUACUCGAGUCAUACAUACGGAAAUUGGUGCAUACAUGCGCUGACAUUCAGGUGACUACAAUUUUCCUCUCAAAAAUUACGUCAUACCGGACCUUGAAAUGUGAUCUCGCUAGUUCGAAUAUGAAAUAA